AUGCGACCUUCGGCAGCUGUUCCGUGGCUUGCACUGUUCCUCACGCUGGUGGUCGCCGAGAACGGUGACAUCACUUCCGAGCAGCACCGGGAGCGGGUCAAACGAUGGCUGAGCUAUCCCAUCAACGGUGGGCUCGCCAAGAUGGUGUUCGGAAUCGUAGUCCCAAUCCGGUUCCAUCAUCCGCUGCCGCGUAUCAUCGUCAACACGUACAACAUGCAGGCCGCCUACCGUAUCCCGGCCAACAUAAUCGAUCCCAGGCCGGAAACGAUCUUCAUGAACCGGGCCGCCGAACCGGACGCGAGCCGGGGCCAACUGUUCCGGGUGCUCGAGCGAACCUUCGACCGGGCGGACCGCAACGGGCGGGCCUGUGUGCUGCGGGCCGUCUGCGAGGUGGCCGCCACUCCACUCAAACAUAACGGACUGAUUGGCGAAAUAAUCGAUGUGAUUUUCACACCCAAUCCAUCGGAGUUACUGGACAUCGUAUACCUCGAAGCCCAAAACUACGGUAGCAGCGGCCGUGACUGUAUCCAGCUCUAUCCCUCUUGCCCCAGCGGCAAGGGCAUAUUCGACAGUGUAUCGGUUCUGUUACAUGACCUAUGA